CGUGCUGUAGAAUAAGUGGUCAGAUAGUGACCUUAUUGGUUAGCUUCAGUAUACUUGUGUUCUACAUGAUGCUGGGGGCGUUCAUGUUCACUGCAAUAGAGCUACCACAUGAGAGUAAAGGACAUAAUCUCUCUUUAGCUCGGCUGCAGAAAAUGACUUCAAGUUCGAGCAAAGCUAUCCAGAAACUAACUGCUCGUUUCAACUCAAGUGCUUGUGAGAGUUUGGAGGCAAUAGAGUUCUUUAAGAACCGUGACAAUGCAACCCCUCAUGAGGAGGAUGAAGUGUUUUCCUGGACUUACACAAAAUCUAUGAUGUUCGCCUUUGCUACCAUCACUACUAUAGGGUAUGGCGACUCAAUACCAACCACACAUGUUGGCAAGGGAAUGGCAAUACUGUUCGCUCUGACUUGCAUCCCUCUCUACUACAUGAUGGUGAUGCUUUACGCAAGACACGGGCUAACUAUCACUAAAAGUCUGAUUGAAACUUGCACCAGUGACAUUAGAAAAGCUUUCCUGAUUCUCAAUGCAGUGUUAUUUGGACUCCUAUUUAUUGCGAUUAUGUUCUUUACCGCUGUGUACUGCUUCACUGAUAAAACUGACUUUGGGAAUUCUUUGUGGUACACAUUUGCCACUUUCACUACCAUUGGAUUUGGAGAUCACGUCCCCGACAACGCACACUCUGGACACGCAUUCUACUUUAUUGUCUUUGUUACACUUGUUCACAUAUUGAUUGGAAUGAUCGUGCUCUCUUGGAAGAGCUCCUUCUUGAAGUUACACCGCACAGUGGAGAGGUACAGCUCUACUGUAUUUGGACUCUGCUGCCAUGUCUCUCUUAAUAGUUCACUGCGUGUGGAGGUUGGAAUGACUCGUUUACCAGAGGAGCCAGUAGACGCAGAGAUGGAGGCUGUCCAGUUCGACCCUAAUGAUAACGAGGACGAGGACGUCUUUAAUGAGGGUCAGAGAGUUGCCACGUGAUAGUCACGUGGGCACGUGAUAGUUUACACUUCAGACUGUAUUAUAUUAAUUAAUGUUAAUCUCUAGUUGAUUCUGUUAUUUUGGCUCACCCUGUGUCAAUGAUGUUUUGACCAAUCUCAUCUUAACAUAAUAAUUUAUUUUACUGUAAGUUAUAAUUUUAUUUUAUGCGAAUUUACAUACGUUACAAAAGUUUAUGCUACAGUUUUAUCUUUAAAUUUCACAAAGUAUUUUAGUUUUUGAUUAACAAAUAAUUUUAUGAUAUAUAGUAUGUUAUACAUUAUACAAUAGUACAAUGUAACCUAAUGUAAUAUGACAGAAAAUAUAUAAUUUCAAAAUUGUGAUUAAUUUCAAUUACGUAUUAAUCAUGAUCAAUUAUUAAUUUAUGUACCUGAUAUGAAUACGAAUAAAUCGUGUGCGCGAUCUAUAAUAAUCAAUAUGUUCAGUGUACAUUUUUUGUUUGUUGGGUUUUAUAGGCAGAGCAUGGUUUUGACGUUUGUUAAUUAUAUACUUCAAUUAUUUUUCAACCAAAGCCGAUAUUUUUAAAUUUCAUUCGUAGAAACAUGUAAGUGUAAGCUUUUUUAUUAAGUUUAAACAGGCUUGAGAAGGAAACAAGGUUUAAUAGAAGAAGAGAAAAGGAAACAAUAAUGAUCAAUUUAUUACAUAGAUAUAAUACCAUUAUCUAUUUUAUUAUUAUCAUCAACGUAGAUCGUGAAUUUAAAAAUAAUAUUUAUAUGUGUUAUGUUAUUGUGAUUGAUUUUUAGUAUUUAUGAUUUAUUGCU